CGCUUAUUUAAGCGCAUUGAAGCAAUGACUCUCCCAACAAAGAAAGUCAUGGAGAUUUUUCCAUUUCUUGGCAUCCCACAGCUAAUGCAUCAUGAGAUGCAAAUGAAAUUUGGGAUAGACAUGGACAGGAGCUUGCAAACUGCAAUACACGAGUUGUCCCCAAGAAUCAUCAGGGUGGUGAAGGAGGGCAGCCAGAAAAGGUUUUCACCCUCCCUCCUUGAGCCAACAAAUGAGAGAUUAGAAGGGCUGAUUCUUCUGCUGGGACACACAGAAGCUAGGACGCGGCCAGUUCUCAGAGUUUCUCCACACAGCUGGGCAGCUGAAGGAGACUCAGUGACUCUGAGCUGUGAGGUUACAGACUCGUCCAUAAAAUGGACAUUUCUCUGGUACAAAACGGUUCCCUUCCGAAGAACUGUUCCAUUCAAUGAGGACUCUCCUAUUUUUGAUGACAGAAAGAAACCGCACUAUGUGGAGCUCCUCUCAGACAGCAGCAGAGGAGCUGGAGGCUUCUACACUCUCAGCCCUGCUGCUCUUCAACACACUGGGAGUUAUGUGUGCAGAGCAGAGGGAGGAGAUCCAGCCUAUCAGACAGACUUCAGUGAGAUUAAGAAUCUCUGGGUCACAGGUGUGUCUCCUCCUGCAUCUCUGGUCAUCAGACCCAACAGAACUCAACUGUUCUAUUCUGAGUCUGUUUCCCUGAGCUGUGAGGUACAGGACAGCUCUACUGGAUGGAGACUGAGAUGGAGAACAAAGAAAGUGACAUCAGUUGAAGACAGAGAAGACAAUUUAGACUGUCCAUAUGGUUGGUAUUCAGAAAGUGGAACCACUUGCAGAACUAAAAUUCAGACGUUGCAUGACAGUGGAGUCUACUGGUGUGAGUCUGAGUUUGGACAAUACAGUAAUGCUGUCAACAUCUCAAUAAACUGGAAACCGAAAUCAGAAAUCAGAAAUCCUCCACACAGCUGGGCAGCGGAAGGAGACUCAGUGACUCUGAGCUGUGAGGUUACAGACGCCUCCUUCAACUGGACAUUCCUCUGGUACAAAGCGGUUCGAACUGGUGAAGAUUACUACAGAGAAGGUUUUUUUAUCUACGAUGAUAACUAUUAUGCAGCAGAGCUCCUCCCAGACAGCAGCAGAGGAGCUGGAGGCUCCUACACCCUCAGCCCUGCUGCUCCUAGACACACUGGGAGUUAUGUGUGCAGAGCAGAGGGAGGAGAUCCAGCCUACCAGACCGGCUUCAGUAAUGUGGUGGCUCUCUGGGUCACAGGUCUGUCUCCUCCAGCCUCUCUGGUCAUCAGACCCAACAGACCUCAGCAGCUGUAUGUAUCUGAAUCCGUCUCCCUGAGCUGUGAGGGACGGGACAAGUCUACCAGAUGGAGACUGAGAUGGUCAACAGGGUCAGAAAACGACAAUGUCUGUCCUAAUGGAUGGACAUCAGAAGCAGGACCCACAUGCACCAAUAGUAGAAUACAAAGCGCGGAUGCAGGAGUGUACUGGUGUGAGACUGAAUCUGGGCAAUAUAGCAAUGCUUUCAACGUGUCAAUAAAACAGAAACCCAUUGCUGUUCUCAGUGCUUCUACGGAUAGUUGGCUUGCUGAAGGAAACUCAGUGACUCUGAGCUGUGAGGUUUCAGACACAUCCUUAAAGUGGAAAUUCCUCUGGUAUAGAGCAGUUCCCUACAAAAAGGAAUUACCUCGUUUGAAACACGGAUGGAUCAAUUACAAUGCAAAGCUCCUCUCAGACAGCAGCAGAGGAGCUGGAGGCUCCUACACUCUCAGCCCUGCUGCUCUUCAACACACUGGGCUUUAUGUGUGCAGAGCAGAGGGAGGAGAUCCAGCCUAUCAGACAGAAUUCAGUAAUGUGGAGACUCUUUGGGUUGUAGGUCUGUCUCCUCCUGCCUCUCUGGUCAUCAGACCCAACAGAACUCAACUGUAUGAAUAUGAGUCUCUCUCUCUGAGCUGUGAAGGACAGGACAGCUCUACUGAAUGGAGGCUGAGAUGGAUUGGACAGAAAGAAGAGGGGCUGGGCUGUCCAAAGUAUUGGAGAUUAGAAGCUGGAUCUACAUGUAGUACCAGCGAACUACAGCCAGAUGACAGUGGAGUGUACUGGUGUGAGUCUGAAUCUGGAGAACACAGCAACCCUUUCAAAUUACGAAUGAACUUGAGACCCAGACCUUUUCUUCAUGUCAGUCCACACAGCUGGCCAGUUGAAGGUGACUCAGUGACACUGAACUGUAAGGUGACAGACACCUCCUUAGGCUGGACAUUUCUCUGGUACCGAGCAGUUCCCAAAAAAGGAUCUGGUCCCUUCACAGAUGACUCAACUGUUACUGAAAGGAAUCGCAAUCGUUACUCUGUGGAGCUCCUCUCAGACAGCAGCAGAGGAGCUGGAGGCUCCUACACUCUCAGCCCUGUUGCUCUUCAACACACUGGGCUUUAUGUGUGCAGAGCAGAGGGAGGAGAUCCAGCCUAUCAGACUAUGUACAGUAACAUGAAGCCACUCCGGGUCAUAGGUGUGUCUCCUCCAGCCACUCUGGUCAUCAGACCCAACAAAACAGACCUGUUUGCAUCCGAGUCUGUCUCCCUGAGCUGUGAGGUGAAGGACAAGUCUACUGGAUGGAGGCUGAGGUGGGACACAAACAGAAGAGAGGAGUCAGUUUGUCCUGCUAGCUGGAGAUCAGAAGCUGAACUCACAUGCAGCACCAUUGGUCUCCAGUACCGGGAUAGAGGAGUGUACUGGUGUGAGUCUGAAUCUGGACAGCACAGCAACGCUGCCCAUAUCAAGAUAUUGUAUCACUAAGUGCUGAGAUGUUCGAGAUUCCUGAUUUCAGUAAUGUACUGUUCUAUACCAUAUAUAAAAAACAAUGAACCAUAAUUAUCAAGUCAAGUUAUUUAUUCUGUCUCCCAGCACAGUUGGAUAUGUAAGAUUAACUAAAAAGUGCACGUUUAAUGUAUGCAAGUCCUAGUGUCCCUAGACCAAGUGCAUUGCCUGCGGAAAGAAGCUCUUCCUCAGUCAUUCAGUUCUGGCUGAGAUGUAGGCUAGUCCCCUACCAGAUGGUAGCCACUUGAAGAGGUUGUGGUUGGGAUGGUGGUGAAUGUCUUUCAUGAUGUGCUGUGUAUAGCAGAAUAUAUUCUUGGAGAUUUAUAAUAUGUUAAUCACUAAUGUUUCACUAAGUGGUGCAUUGAAAUUAACAAGAAGGUUUUGUGUGCGCACGCAAAACCUUUUCAUGUGUGCACAUGAACAUUUCUUAGGGUCUCCGUAGUUGUACCACAGCGGUGCCUGUGAAACUUUGGUUCCACUUACAAAAUAAAUUAAUGUUUUAAGUCUUCCACGACCACCAUGGGAUCAUAUAAAACAAACGAAAAUAGGACCUGGAGAAAGAUAUUGACUGUUGGUAUUUCUGGUGAGGAUUUGAGAUUGCAUUGAGUAAUUCCAAUAAAACAAGAUUUCGAAAUGGCUUGCAUUGUUUGUAUUGACUAUUAAUAUUUUCAUGUACUGUUAAAUAUAUAUUCCUAAAAUGGUUGUACAUUUGUGAGAAAGACAAGUUAAAACGAACUGACUAUGAGCUGAUUUGGUGUUUAACAUUCCAUUGUAACAGUAAUUACAUUGUAACCUUCAUCAAGCUCACGUCCAGUUCCACUGUAUGUUCGCGGAGAACUACCUCCACAGACUGUUUACGAUUGUUCACAAAAACAAUACCAAAUAGAUGUUUUGAUCUUUUUUUUAAGAAA